AUGAAGAUACUUCAUAGUGCUGCAGUUUUGGGGUUCCUGUUGUGCCAGACUUGGUUGGCUUUUGGUCAAGUGGCUGUUCUCAAAGCCAGUGGAGAUGAUCCAAAAGCACCACUGAUUGUGCUUUCAAAUCCAAUAAGUCAGUCAAUGAUUGGGGAGGCAAUCAAAUCGGAACAGGAUGCUGAGUCCACACUAAUUCCAGACGUGGAAACUACUAAGCCACCAGCAACCGAAGCAAUUGCCACCACAGAAAAGGUCAUUAGGAAGAAUCCUGUGCCUCCAAAUCGAAAACCAUUUCUGAAUCCUGGCCAAAAGCAGGCGCCUCUACUGCAGGACCUAUUGUCCUUACCUGGUAUUUGGGAGAGUUCGCCUAUUGUUUCCAAUGGACCAUUAGCAACCACGCCCACUGCCCACCUGUCGCCCGCUCAGCCAAUGUUCUAUCCCAUGCCGGUCUACAUUCCCUACCCCAUCCCCUUUAUGCUGAACCAACCGGUGCAGCUGAUGAGUACUCCACCCAAGGACAACAUCGAAGAUAAAUUCGUAACGAGUUUCAAUGAAAUGAUGACUGGAAACCUACUUAGGAGCUCUUUGCAAACGGAUGAUUGCAGUGAAUGGCACAAGAUAAUAAGGAAUAGGAUAAAGCCAGCCGACCAAGAUGGACCCAAAAAGUGGAGAGGAAAAUGGAGAAAGACAACGACUACUACAACCACAACCAAAAUGACCACAAAAGCCCCACAACCCACCAAGCCAACAGUGCCGGUAAGAUUAUUGGAGAGCAGUGACAACGAAGUCAAACCUAUUGAGUCUCAUGCCAGCACUGAGGCGACCAACUAA